ACCACACCACAAACAAACCCCAUAACACAAAAAGCUCUAAACUUUAUCAAAAUUGUGGGAAAACUAACCAACCCCACAUAGCAAAUAUUUCAUAUUUCUCUUCUUCUUCUUCUUCUUCAUCAUCUUUUUCUUGAGCUUUUUCCAUUGAAAUAGUCAUGGAUAUUGAGAAUGAAAUAAGGCUAUCAAAAUUCAAAAAAAUAUGUGUUUUUUGUGGAAGUAGUCCUGGAAAAAAGACUAGUUAUAAAGAGGCUGCUAUUGAACUUGCUGAAGAAUUGGUUGCAAGGAACAUUGAUUUAGUUUAUGGAGGAGGAAGUGUUGGUUUAAUGGGUUUAAUUUCACAAGCUGUUUAUGAUGGUGGUCGUCAUGUUCUUGGAGUAAUUCCCAAGACACUCAUGCCUAGAGAGAUAACAGGAGAAACAGUUGGAGAAGUAAAGGCAGUAGCAGAUAUGCACCAAAGAAAAGCAGAGAUGGCUAAACAAUCCGAUGCUUUCAUUGCUUUACCUGGUGGCUAUGGAACUCUUGAAGAGCUUCUAGAAGUGAUAACUUGGGCUCAACUUGGAAUCCAUGACAAACCGGUGGGAUUGUUGAAUGUGGAUGGAUACUACAACUCAUUGUUGUCAUUCAUUGAUAAAGCUGUUGAAGAAGGCUUCAUUAGCCCAACUGCACGCCAUAUAAUUGUCUCUUCUCCUUCAGCCAAAGAAUUAGUCAAGAAAAUGGAGGAGUAUUUUCCGCGCCACGAAAUUGUUGCUUCUAAGCUAAGCUGGGAAAUGGAACUUAGGAUACUCUCCAAAAUUGGAUAUCUCAAGAUGAAUAAGAGAACAAAAUAUAUGAUGAUGAUGAUGAUGAUGAUGGAAAUGGACUAAUUUUAGAUGAGUACACACAUUGUUCAAGUGGCAAUUUGUUUCUUUUUCUUCUUCUUAUUAUUAUGUUGUUCACUUCUUUAAUUUAGUGUAAACUUUAAAAGCUUAAUUGACCCCUUAAAGUAACUAUGUAGCUUUGAUUCCA